AUGAGCAAGGCUCCUCAAGACAAUCCCUUCUUAUUUGACGACGAUGAAGAAGGCUGGCAAGAAAUGCCGGUUGUAAAAGAGGACGAUUUCGCCAACGGUCUUGACGAGGAAGACCAGAAGAAAUACCACUAUGUUCAUGCAGCCAAGAAGACGGCUGGAGGGACAGGAAAUGCAACUGGAAACCUCAUAGAUUUCGACGACGAAGGUGUCGAAUGGCGUUCCAAGGUGGACCAGAAUGAAAAUGAAUAUACUCGACUGCGGGUGCAAGAGGAGGAUGAAGCGGACGAGGUGCAUCUUCGCACCCGAUAUCUCUUUGACGAGGACAAGGCUAUGACUCCACUCAGCCAAAUGCAAGCCACCAAGAAUAUGCUCACCGAAUCGCAGAGGAUAGCUUACGUCGGCUUAUGUGCAUUAACCAGCAGAGAAAUGGCCCAGUGUCUGAAAGCAGCGAAACGCAAAGAGCUCAAGGCGUCCAUUCAGAGCAUGGAGUUGUGGGCGAUGAAGAUUAUGGGUCGACUGUACUAUCAUAUGGAGCUUGAGACUGCAGAGCAACAGAUGAUACAAAGCCUAGGAGAACAUGGCGUCGAAGCAAUGGACCUCGCACCUUCACUCAUGACAACACACACCGUGGCCAAUCCUGAGUACGAUCCUGUUGAAGCUCGUCGACAGGCUGACGUACAGCGAGAACAAACCCCAAGCCCAAAUCACAAGAACCACUCAAUCAUAAAGUCAGAUUCACACAGACUUCGCCGUUCAUUGUCACCAAAACCUCCAUCUACACCUACAUCAGCUACUCAGAAAACGUUUCAUACUACCGCUAGGGUUCUGGAAGAUACAUCGGUAGCUUCAUCUGCAAUGCCGGGGGUCACAACAUCACUAUCUACAACUGAUAAGGACGUCACUCUUGACAUACGGUGGACGGUUCUAUGCGACCUUUUCCUCAUCCUUAUCGCUGAUAGUGUUUAUGACGCUCGUUCUCGAGUUUUGCUUGAAAGUGUUGCCUUGAAGCUUGGUCUAGGAUGGUUAGAUGUCGUCAAGUUCGAAAGUCGCGUGACAGAGGCACUUGAAAUUCAAGAGGGAGUUGAGAAGAUGGAAAAUCAAGAAAUUAUCGAUGGCGCUCAAAAGGCAGCAAGGAAAAGACGGUAUAUGAUGAUGGGACUUGCAACUCUCGGAGGAGGCCUUGUGAUCGGACUAUCAGCUGGAUUAUUAGCACCAGUAAUCGGUGCUGGUCUUGGUGCAGCCUUUACGACUAUUGGUAUAGGUGGUACCACUGGUUUCCUUGCUGGAGCAGGUGGAGCUGCGGUAAUCACAACCGGAGGUGUCCUGACCGGUUCUGGUAUAGCCGUCCGUGGAAUGGCUCGGCGCACACGACAGGUUCGAACGUUCAAUGUUCUUCCGUUACACAAUAACAAACGGGUAAGCUGUAUAUUGACAGUACCAGGAUUCAUGAAUGGCAAGCUAGACGACGUGCGACUUCCAUUCAGCGUUCUGGAUCCGAUCGUGGGCGAUGUUUUCAGCGUAUUGUGGGAGCCAGAGAUGAUUCAGGAAACUGGUAGUGCCUUGAAAAUUCUUACAGGCGAGAUCCUUUCACAAAUCGGGCAGACCGUGUUGCAACAUACCGUCAUGACCGCUUUGAUGGGAGCUCUCCAAUGGCCCAUCAUCUUAACAAAGCUGGGCUAUCUGAUCGAUAACCCCUGGAGCAAUGCUCUUGACCGUGCCAGAGCUGCAGGUAGUGUCCUCGCCGAGCUCCUUGCACAGAGACACCUGGGUGUUCGUCCCAUCACCUUGAUCGGUUUCUCGCUAGGCGCUCGUGUUAUAUUUUAUGCUCUGCAAGACCUUGCCAAGCAAAAGGCAUUCGGCAUAGUUCAAGACGUCUUCCUACUAGGCGCUACUCUUACAGCACCUACCAGCUCGUGGUGUGAUGCGCGGGCCGUCGUUUCUGGGAGGUUUGUGAAUGGCUUUGCCAGAAACGACUGGGUCUUAAACUACCUAUUCCGGGCGACGAGUGGUGGGUUGAACACUGUUGCAGGUUUACGACCUAUAGAAAACGUGCCAGGGCUAGAAAAUGUGGAUGUGACAGAUAAGAUUGCAGGACAUAUGAGUUAUCGGUCCUUCAUGCCCCUUAUACUUGAUGAGCUUGGCUUCCCUGUUUCUUCGUCUUACUUUGACGAACCAGUGGAACCCGACUUUACCGAAGAUCGUAUAGUUGUGAAAGAAGAAGAUCAGCAGGCUCAGAAGAAGAGUUGGUUUUCGAGGAAGAAGAAGAAGGUGUCAUUACCUUCGACUUCCAUCUCUCGUCCCCCCUCUUCUACGCCGACUUCUCAUUCAAGGCAUAAAGCAAUGUCCUCUGAGAAAAUCACGGACGAUGACCUACCUCCACGAGAACACGCGAGGACACCUGUUUCUCCAAACGCUGAAGGCGCCACUGUACCCGAACCAAAUCAACCGAGAUCAACAUCACCUGACAUUCCUGCUCACGCUGGGUUUGACUUUAGCGCGAUAAAGAAUAUCAUAGGGCAGGCUGAACAUCACCCCGAUGAGCUGCGAGUGCCACCCCAGCCUAACCGCAUUCACACCCCUCAAACACUUCCUGGGCGUUCUGAAUCAGCCCCACUCCACGCUCAACCAGAAGAUUCCUCACGUUCCGCCACACCUGUCGUGGGACUGUCAACGGACUUACCCUCUGAUGAGCCCGCAGACCUUACUUCUGCAAGCACACUAAGCACUGGAUUCGCUCGGUCUCUGUCGUUGCGUGAUGUUAACUCAGGGUAUAGUGGCCCUAUGACGUCAUACCAACACCAGGGAGCAGAACUGACGACGAAGGAUAAUAUCUCAGACACCUCACCGCUCACUCCAUCCUAUCCAACAUCUUAUACCACCCCACAAUCUUCUCUCACCCCUGAGCUAUCUUUUGGUCGAAGCGAUGGUUCUAUAUGGUCUGCCAGCCCUUCCAGGCAAGAGCCUAAUAACACUGCAUUCGGCAAUCCUUUCGCAUCCUCAACCGACACGCUGUCAUUUGGUAGCACGAAGAACGGAUCGAUAACAACAUUUGGGAACUACAUGUCUUCUGCCCCGCAAAGUUCUUUUGCACUGCCUUAUUCUGCUGCUCCCUCUAACUCGCUAUCAUUUGGCGGGGCAGACGGAUCGAUAACGCUUUCUGGCGCUGAGCAGGAUCCGUGGAGCACGCCCGUUGAGUCGAAAAAGACGUCGAGUUAUCACAGCAACCCUUGGUCGAAUUAA